AUGUGUAAAUCAGAAACACGUGAUUAUUCUGCCAGUAAAGUACAUGGGUUUAAACAGCAGCCUGCUGAUCUUGCUAGCUUUGGCUCCCUUUAUCCUAGUGUCUGUGCAGCUUGCAAGGUUUCUGCCUUGCAGGUGGCAUGCGGCUAUAGCGAGUUUGUGCAGGCGGCCCAGCAGAGCCAAGGCCGGCUCGUCUUCAUCUUGUUCUGCGGGGACAAGGAUGCCCAGGGCCGGAGCUGGUGCCUGGACUGUGUCACUGCUGAACCAGUUGUGCGGAGUGAAUUAAAUAGCCUGCCCAAUGGAGCUGUAGUCAUCUACUGCCAAGUCGGAGACCAAGCCUAUUGGAAAGACCCCAACAAUGAGUUCAGAAAGAAUCUGAAACUAACUGCAGUGCCAACACUGCUUAAAUAUGGGACACCUCAGAAGUUGGUAGAAGAAGAAUGUCUUAACAGAGAGCUUGUGCACAUGUUGUUUACUGAAGAUUAAGUUUUUUCUUCUUUAGUCAAUCAUUUAUCUAGAAAGUAGAUACCCAUUAUCUUCAAGCUGCUGGCCAUUUUCAUUUAAAGGAGCCAUCAUGUAUUGCCUUAUCUCCAUUCAGACUUUAAACUGUCAAGAGCAUUGGCUGAGUGACCAAAAUAAAUACCAUGAAACUGCUGGUACAGAGCAUGGGAAGGGAUCUUGCAACACUAGAAAACUGUAACUGACCCUUGUGCUGAAUUAAACUCCUACUUGCAAAA